CGGACAAUUGCUGCAUUGCGAAGCAAGAGAAGUAAGGAUCGGUGUGCGUGGUGCUUGUGGUGGUGGUGGCCAACUUGGAGUCAGCCAUCGUCUCGUGCUUGCCGUCAACGCGUAUGGAUCUUGCUUGGCUUGGCUUGGCUUGGGUGAACGGUGAGAACGGUGAAAUGUGUGAUCAUCUCAUCACAUUCGUGCGCCCUUGCACGGGUGACCAAAUGCACUCACGACUACCGCCCUUAAUUGCGAUCAAGCGUGCCUCAUCCAAGAUCCACGUGAUGAGCACUUUCCUGUGCGCAGACAACGCAAGCAAUCAAAAUCGCAAUCUUAAAUGGAAUCAAGACUCACACGUCGCGGCUCGCCAGACCGUUUUCUACGAGUCAGCAACCGCUAACCCAUCACACGCCCACAUCCGCCUUCCCAACGCAUUCACGCAAGGCAGAUCAUUCCCACGACGAGAGACCGAAGCAGAUGAAUUGUUCUCGUAGAUUGUGCAGAAUCGGUGACAAAGGACGGGGUGGGUAUGAUUUCCGGCGAGGAUUGCAAGGUAGAGCUGCUCGACUCCGAGUAGACAUCGGGCAGGUUUCGCGAGAUGGCGGACCAGGAGGAGCAAACUACACUCUUCACAAGCAUUUUCAAG